UUUCUCGUGAACCCAGACGGAUCCCCCACCUCUCACCUUCCGCCCCGACGCCGGCGCCGACGGGACCCCUCCGCCGCCGAAGCUCGUGGGCCGGCUGGGCUCGACUGCGCCUCCGUUUCGUGGGAAUAAGGUACUGUGACUGAAGCACCUGGGAUAACUUCAGAGGCACAAAAACUAUCCAGCUGGUGUUCCUGAACUUGCCGUGAGGAUGAAAACGCAUGAGCGCGCCGCUAACUUGGCUCUUGCCGGUUUGAGCUUGGCGCCACUUGUCAUCAACGUGAACCCGAAUUUGAAUGUGAUACUCACAGCAUGUCUUACUGUGUACGUGGGCUGUUACCGUUCUGUCAAGUCAACCCCACCCACUGAGACAAUGUCCAAAGAGCAUGCUAUGCGGUUCCCUUUGGUGGGGAGCGCUAUGCUUUUGUCGCUGUUCCUUCUAUUCAAGUUCCUCUCCAAGGACUUGGUCAAUACUGUUCUCACUGCCUACUUUUUCAUUCUUGGCAUCGCUGCACUCUGUGCCACGUUGCUUCCUUCCGUCAAACGUUUUCUUCCAGAAGGAUGGAACAAUAACGAGAUCGUUUGGCGUGCUCCGUAUUUCCACUCGCUGUCGUUGGAGUUUACCAAGUCUCAAGUUGUUGCUUCGGUCCCAGGAUUUUUCUUUUGCGUAUGGUAUGCCAUGAAGAAGCAUUGGCUAGCAAACAAUGUUCUGGGAAUUGCUUUCUGUAUUCAGGGAAUUGAGAUGCUAUCACUAGGAUCAUUCAAAACUGGUGGUAUUCUCUUGGCAGGACUUUUCUUCUAUGACAUCUUCUGGGUUUUCUUCACUCCAGUUAUGGUCAGUGUUGCUAAAUCAUUUGAUGCUCCAAUAAAGCUUCUGUUUCCCACUGCGGAUGCUGCACGCCCAUUCUCAAUGCUUGGCCUUGGUGAUAUUGUAAUACCUGGUAUAUUUGUUGCACUUGCCCUUCGUUUUGAUGUCUCGCGAGGGAUCAAGAACCGUUACUUCAAUAGUGCAUUUUUAGGAUAUACUGCGGGUAUGACAGUAACAAUAGUUGUCAUGAACUGGUUUCAAGCUGCGCAGCCUGCUCUGCUAUACAUCGUUCCUGGUGUGACUGGCUUUGUUGCUAUUCACUCUUUGUGGAAUGGAGAAGUAAAGCCGCUACUGGAGUUUACGGAGGCGCAAGCCGAAGAGGAAGGAGCUGGCGAGGAGGAAGAUGAAGAUUCCAGUAAGAGCAAAAAGGCAGACUAGCAGCGCUCGCUCUGGCUGUGCUCUGUCUUUUUUUAAAUUAGGAGACAAUCAAAGCAGGGAUUUAAAUAGGCUGGUCUGGUGAACUGAGAAACGAUUCACAUGAUAGAACUUCUCUGUUUCGAAAAACUAUUACUAUCUGUUCCAACGAGUAGUAGAACUAGAAGAUGGAAAAGGGAACGUAUGCUAAGAGACUUACAACAGAAUCCAGUUCAGUGACAUGAUUAUACCUGCUGCCGCCCAACUUUAAUUUCUGACUGACUUUCUUUAUGGCAGCAUUAAGGAUGAUUUUGUCCAAAUUAUACUUUAUAUGUAUGGAGUGUCAAGCUAUUCUAAACCCUGA